AUGGCUACAAUUAAUAAGAAGAAGAGUACUACUGUCGCGGCAGCACCAGUAGAGGACAUGUCUGAUGAUGAGACUACCACCACCACCACUACCACCACCACCGCUGCUCCAAAGAAGGCUGCUGCCACUACCAAGACUGCCAAGCCAGCUCCCUCCAAGACCACAAAGAAGCCAGCUGCAACCGCCGCACCAAAGGAUCAAGAGGACAAGAAGAGAAAGCGUGACUCCUCGCUAUCAACUGAGAGCUCGUACAUGAAACGUCUGCUCAAGGACCCAUUGGAGAAGCGUGCCAGCAGACCAGUCACUCGCGAACUCCCCUCCGUAGAGGUCUCAGCCACCAGAAAGAACCUCCCAAUCCGCGAGGGCAAGUCAAUCCGUCAAAUCCAUCCACGUUUUGAGGAUAACUUGAAGAAGAAGUCGACUCCUGAUCAGGCAGACUGCUACAAGGUGCUGCAUCACAUUGUCUUUAACAGAGAUGGCAAGAAGGGUGAGAGCCUCAGGACCAACAUCCUGAACUUUACUGGUUUCAACUUGGGCAAGGACGCUGCCAUGAGGGAGACACUUGAGCGUAGAAUUGAGAAGGCUUCAGCAAACGAACUCAAGACAAUAAUGAAGUUGAUGCAUCUGGAAAUUGGCUCCACAAAGGUUCACCGUGUGGAGGCUCUGUAUAACUUCUUGACCAAUCCAGCCAAGGUCAAGCUUACCGGUUCCGUCAAGAAUCCAAAGAAGGCUUCCAAGGUCGCCAAGAAGACAAAGAAGGAUGAUGCUGAGGAAGAGGAGGAGGAGGAGGCAGAGGAGGAGGAGGAGGAGGAGGCAGAGGCAGAGGCCGAGGCAGAGGCAGAGGAGUCAGAUGACGAGGAGGAUGAGGAGGUAGUACAACCAAUGAAGAAGACAAAGACAGAGACCAAGAAGCCAGCCCCAGUCAAGGAGACAAAGAAGCCAGCCCCCAAGGCUGCUGCUCCAGCAAAGAAGGCUGCCGACACCAAGAAACCAGCUCCAACCAAGAAGGUUGUUGAGAAGGAGGCUGAGGCUGAGGCUGACUCAGAGUCCGAGGCUGAGGCUGAGGCUGAGGCUGAGGCUGAGCCACCCAAGAAGGAAACAAGACCAGCCGUCCCAGCGAAGAAGUCAGCGCCAGCAGCCGACACCAAGAAGUCAGCGGCCAAGACCACCACCACCGCCACCGUUGCCAAGACUACCAAGCCCGCAUCCAAAGCCACCAUCAAGACCACCACCACCACCAGGGUCACCAAGAACAAGCCCAAGGCUGCCUGA